AUGUCAACGUCCCAUGCGUCUAAAUUCGUCUCCACAAUUCAUCCAGCGACUUGCGUCGCGCUCUCCAAUGAUGCGAACUCUGGUAAAAGGUCAGACAAAACCACAACACCACCAAAGAAGACUCACCCAGCAAAACCGAUGGUACUCCCGCAAACACCAAAACCCACGCAAAACACACAAGCCGACCCCGGAGCGAACUUCAAGAGCUACUACCCGGCGCAUUCGAGCCAACCAUCUCUUUCCAAUAGACUCCCCAUCUAUUGGACCAGCCAUGAUAGUGCCACACCAUCACAGUGCUGUGCCCAGACCACGACCAGACGCCUCCUCGAUCACACUCCCAACAACCAACUCCACAUGACAGCAUUUGUCCCCACUCUUCCAGCAGAACACAUUCGUCUCCCAUCGGCUCGCUGGCAGGCUGCAGCGACAUCCAGAUCCCAGCCAUCACCCCCAUGGCUCGCGGCCACGCUGAGACAAAGCGGCGUUGGUCCUGGAUCGUGGGAGAUAUUGUGUACAUUUACGCCUCUAUCCGUCCCGAACUAG